UAAAAUAAUUACUUUGUCGCUAUCGGCUAGUUCCCACAAGUGCUAUCUGAGACGAGCACGACGAUGAGCGAAUCGGGCGAAAGCGGCUUCGUGGGCUUUGCAAAUCUACCGAAUCAAGUCCAUCGAAAGUCAGUAAAGCGAGGAUUCGAGUUCACGCUGAUGGUUGUAGGUGAGUCUGGACUGGGAAAGUCAACCCUCGUCAACAGUUUGUUCUUGACGGAUUUGUAUGCUGAACGGGAGUAUCCGCCUGCUGCAGAUAGGAUAAAGCAAACUGUGCAGCUAGAGACAUCUACAGUUGAGAUUGAAGAGAGAGGAGUUCGACUACGGCUUACUGUAGUUGAUACACCAGGGUUUGGAGAUGCUGUCAAUAAUAAGGAAAGUUGGAAGCCUCUCAUCAAAUACAUUAACAUGCAAUAUGAAAACUAUCUGAGAGAUGAAUCAGGUCUAAACCGAAGGAACAUCAUCGACAAUCGAGUUCAUUGCUGCCUCUACUUCAUUAGCCCAACUGGUCAUGGCCUCAAACCAUUGGACAUUGAGUUUAUGAAACAACUGCAUGACAAGGUCAAUGUAAUUCCAGUCAUUGCUAAAGCAGACACACUGACUCCUAGUGAAGUGAAGACAUUGAAGAAAAGGGUGAUGAACGAGAUCAAGGAGCACAAGGUUCGGAUUUAUAUGGGAGAAACUGAGGAUGAAGAGGAGACAGCUGGUUUGAAGGAAAGUAUUCCGUUUGCUGUUGUGGGCAGCAACACCCUUCUGGAAGUUGGUGGCAAGAAAGUUCGAGGUCGACUCUACCCUUGGGGAGUUGUAGAAGUUGAGAAUUCUGAUCACUGUGAUUUCACCAAACUAAGAAACAUGCUGAUUAGGACACACAUGCAGGAUCUAAAGGAUGUCACACAAGACGUUCAUUAUGAGAACUUUCGACUUCAUCGGCUGAGAAAGCAAGACAUAGCAUCGGGAACUCGUGAGCAAGAAGCCACUUUGUCUCCCGAUGGGAUGUCCGAGUCUGAUAGAAAACUAGCAGAGAAAGAGGCUGAGUUGGAAAAGAUGCGACAGAUGAUGGCCAUGAUGCAGCAGCAGCUUCAGCAACAGCAGCAGGUGUGAAACAAGAUAUCAAGCUUGAUAUUAUCAGAGAAGUGCUGAUAGAACAAAAUAUUGUAAUUUAGGAUUGCAUUAUGUGUGAUUUCUAAUAUUAGCAUAGUCCAGUGGGUUUGUUCUCUCACUUUUUCUUUUGCUCGUACUCGUAGACUGCUUUCACAAGCUACAUUGUUGCAGUGACACUCAGAUAAUAGAUAUGCUAAGACAUGUA